AUGCGCUCUCGGAGCGGUUCUGGGGUGCGGCUUGACCGGAUUCUGUUUCUUGUCGAGCAAACGAUUUGCGAGCACCAAAAUGCGAUAACAGCUUUAUUCGCCAAUCAAAAGGAAUUUCCAGGUUUUUGAACUGUUUUAUUUUAACUUUAUUAAAAGCGAUUCAAGGACAUGCAUGGGUCAGGGAUAACGUAUACAUUGCACAAGCUUUAUGGGCCUUGUAUCGUGCUUACAUGAAAUGCGCCGAUUUUGACGAAGACUUGUCGAAGGCCAAGGAGCUCGGAUUCACAUGGUAGAAACGAACGGGAAUAUUUAUUUAAAUCAAAAUUUUAGCGUAAAAAUGAUGCAGUCGAUUCUGGAGUGCAUGAUGUUGCAGGCCGACAAGGUCGAGCUGUUCAAAAACUUCCAACGGUUUAACUUUUUAUGAAGUUUUGCGAAUUGAAAGAUGGGAUUUAGGCCAUUGGACGCGUUGCAUUCAAAGUAUUCGGUGAAUACGAAAAGCACAGUUUGCGGGGAUUCCGAAUGGGGACACAUGCAAAUGGACGCCACCUCCUUGUUCCUGCUCACUUUGGCCCAAAUUACAGCUUCUGGUUGGUUAUUUAAACGUUUAUUCGAACAAAUCAACUAAUAGUAUGGUCAAAAUUCAAUUCCCUGUUCAAAAAUAAUUUUUUUGGAAAGCAAAACUUUAAAAAUUCGUACAUUUCUUCAACAAGGAAAGUUAAAAAAAUUUGAUAGAAAAAUAACUUUUUUUCGUAGUUUUUCAGGCAGAAUUUCAUUUGAAGAAUUACUUUUUUUCGAUCUAAAAUUGAAUUUUUUUCAUGUACUCUAAGGUUUUUUUGAUCAGAUUAUGAAUAAUUUUUCGUUGAAAAAUAAAAAAAUAAAAAGUGCUUUUUUUCAUGCCGUGUAACUUGUCAAAAUCGCACAAAUAAAAAAAUGUAUUUCCAGAUUUUUCUGUUUCAUGGCCGAAUUUCAAUAUCAGCUAGGAAUUUGUGAUCUUCAUUAAAUUCUGUAAAAAAAGAAUUUUAUUUGUAAAAUUAAAAAAAUGGCUGAACCAUUGGAAAUCGUGAAUUUUUUUAGUUCUUUACAUUUAAAAAAAUUAAUUCAAAUAAGAAAAAAACCGUUGGAAAUUUGACCUUAUUUCGACUUUUUUUAAGGUUCUUUUUCAAAGCUUUUUGAAGAAUUUCAGGAUUUCAAAAGCUCAGUUUUCGUUUGAAUUCAUUUCAUUUUGAUUUGAUAGUUCAUUUUUAUGUGAAUUUUACGAAAAACCAACUUUUACGAGAAAAGUUGUCGAAAAAUGGCACAAGUUGGGAUUUCUAACGUACCUUUAAGGAUUUUAGGACUUCAAAAGCCCAAUUAACAUUUUUAAAUAAUGUUAUUCUUGAUUUUAAAAGUUACUUUUUGCGUAAAUUUCAUGAAAAAAAUAACUUCCAUAAGAAAAAAACUUCAUAAAGUUGACAAAAGUUUAGCUUUCUGAAUUUAUUUUUCAAACUUAUUUUUCAAGUUCAAUGGUUCUAGAAGCUCAAUUUUUUUCUUUCAAUUGACGUUAAUCUUGACUUUAAAAAUUCACUUUCCAUGUAAAUUUUAUGAAAAAAAGUAGCUUUCACAGGAAAAAAACCGUUAAAAAAAGUCGACAAAAGUUUGGCUUUGUAAAGUUAUUUUCAUUGUUUUUUUAAGGAUUUUUAGGGUUCUAAAAGCUCAAUUUCCCUUACAAAUGAUGUUUUUUUGUUUUUAAAAACCAUUUUUCAAGCUUAUUUUAUAAAAAACCAACUGUACCAGGUCUCCAAGUGGUCCGGAACUUUGACGAGGUCGCCUUCGUUCAGAACCUUGUCUAUUAUAUUGAGACGGGCUACCGGACUCCGGUGAGCUUUUUUCUCUCAUUUAAAAGCAUUUAUUAUUAUUUAAGGACUUUGGGAUCUGGGAACGAGGCGAUAAAACCAACCAAGGGAUCAGGGAACUCAAUGCCACUUCCAUCGGGAUGGUCAAAGCGGCGUUGCAAGUGAAUUUCAAGAAAAAUAUUAAAAUAUCAUUUUUAACAAGAAAGCUGCAAAUUUUAAUUAAAUAAGGAAAUUUUAAAUUUCUUCUGAACGAGAAGAGGUAAAAUUUCUUGAAAAAUAAGGAAGCUGCAAAUUUCUUUCAAACAGGGAGGCUCCAAAAAGGUGAAAAAAUAUUUAAAAAAUUCUGAAUUUUUUUUAAAAGGCUCCCUGGAGCACGAAAAAAAUCACGUUUUAUAAAUUUUUUUGAAACACAAAAAAACUCCAUUUUUCUCCUCCGGCACGGAAUUUGAAGCGGUAUAAUUCGAUUUGAAAGAAAAAAAGCGUUUUUUUAAAUUUUAAUUUUUUUGAAUCUCUUAAAUCUCCUUUUUCCAGGGGCUCUAAAGAAAAAUCUCAGAAAAAGUUUCAUUAAAUUGAAAAAAAUUAUCGCUUUUCGAAACUCCCUUGUAAGGAUUUUUUUUUUACGUGCGAGUCUCCGGAAGCUAGAGAGCACUUGAAAACGAGAGAGCGUUUAGAGAAAAAUAGUACACUCUCUCAUUUUCGAACGCUCUCUAACUUUCGAAAAUUCAUAUGUAGAACCGACCAAAUGUUGCACUGAUAAACGAGAGAGCGCCCAGAGAAAAAAAUUAUGCCCUCUCAUUUUCGAACACUCUCUCACUCUCGAAGAUUCAUAUGUAGAAUUGAUCAAAUGAGGUACUGGUCAACGAGAGAGCGUUCAGAGAAAAAAAGAACACUCUCUCAUUUUUAACGCUCUCUAACCCUCUCUCUCUUGGCUCCUCGUGAAUUUUUUUCAUUUUUCCUCAUUUUCAAGGCUCUAAACGAUGUCGGGGACCUAUUUGUGGACGGAUCAAGAGGAUCUGUAAUCCACGUUCUUCCCGAUGAGAUCGAACAGUGUUCGGCCGUUCUUUCCAGCAUGCUACCCAGGGAAUCUUUCAGUAAAGUUGGUUUCUUCCAAUUUUUGAAAUUAUAGCAAUUUUCUUCAUUAAAUUCCGUUCAAUAGUUCUUCAAAAUUAAGAAAAAGUGGAAAAAAUGCACAUUUUCAGCACUUUUGAACACUUAAUCAAUGAAAGCUUUGAUUUUAAGACAUCUAAUUUAAAAAAAUAAAUAAAAACCUAGGAUGCACUUUACUGUUUCUUGAAUAAAUCGAACAAGAAAAUCUUUAUUUUUUUCCGUUUUCUAUGUGAAAAUUUGGAGUUAAUAUUGCAUUUUUGAUGUUUAAUGAUGCUUCAAAAUCAAGAAAAACUGUUCGAAAUGAAGGAAUAUACAUUUUUGAGUCUUUCUGAAUCUUUCUGAACAACAAAAAACGUUUUUUUUUUGUUACCCAACCAAAAAUUUGGAGGAAACCGACGCGGCGCUCCUCACGAUCAUCAGUUACCCGGCGUUUUGUGUGGAGGACCCCGAUUUGGUGUGCAAAACCCGAGAUACCAUCACUUCGCGGCUUCUCGGGAAAUACGGGUGCCGAAGGUUUCUCCGCGACGGCUAUCAUACGGCUCUCGAGGUUAGUUUAUGUCAUUUUUUCAACCUGGAAGUUAAGAAAAACUCAAAAAAGUUGUAUUUAUAUCAAUAUUGAAAAUCUACAUUGUGAUGCUGCCUCUUUACGUUGUCAAAAAGAAAAAAGAUUCCCUAGAGUGAUCACUUGAAAAAACCGAUGUUUGCUAACCGAGCAAAAUCUUCCACUCGAGCGACCACUACGGCCUCUUUAGUGAUCACUUGAAAAGGACAGAUUCCUUAUAAAUUUUUUUUUUUCUGCGAAUCAAUGGCAUGUUUCCCUAGAGUGGUCACUAACUGAACUGCUAAGGUGGCCACGACCCUAAGCUUGCGAAAGUGGUCCCUAUACGUCUUUUUAUGUUAAAAAUCAGAACAAGUAUUUAUAGACCUCUAUAGGGACCACUUUAGGGACUAGAGAUUAAACUUUAUACCCCUAUAGGGACCUCUUUGCCUUCUAGUGAGCACUCUGUCGUCCCCUAUAAGGGCUGUUUUUAUUUCCUAACCCCUCUAGGGAGCACUCUGGGAUUUCUGAGAGAACCUUUAGGAACUCCAGAGUGGUCCCUAUAGGGGCUCUUGGAGGAUCCCCUCUAGGGAUCACUUUACCAACCCCUAUGGGCGUCACUAAAGCUUGCAAAAGUGGUCCCUAUAGGGGACAUGCUAGUCGAUAAUUUUAAUGAGCUCUUUGCGAAGAAGCAUUUCCAUUCAAAAAACUGAAUAAAUAAGCGUUUUCUAAAUGUAGUUGAAAGACCCCUAUAGGGACUACUCAAGCUUUAGGGGCUAAGAGGUCAGACCCUAAACCCCUAUGGAGACCACUUUUCCGCCCUCUAUAGCUGUCUUCUCCCAAACCCCUAUAGGGAUCACUCUGAAACUCAUAAGUAAGUUUCCAGGACCGCUCUCGUCUCUACUACAACAAGUCCGAACUGCAGCAGUUCGAAGACAUCGAAAGCGAAUGGCCGCUAUUCCUUUGCUAUUUGAUCCUCGACGCCAUGUAUUCCAAGGACGACGACGCCGUGGAAGACUACUGGCGCCAGUUGGAAAGUGUUCGUUUAAGUGGUCUUCUGGAAAAUUCGAUGUUUGAAUAAAUUCUUGGGGUUUCCUUUUGAGAGGGCCUUAAUAAAUAAAGAAAGAAGAAAACUGACAUAAAGGUUCCAGGAAAAGGUGCCAUUAAAAAUCAAAAAAUGAUCUUGGAAGAAGCUUUUUGAGUCUUUAUUUUCGAUUAAAUUCCGUGAAAUGAAAAAAAAUUGGAAGGUUCCAGAAGUAUAAUCAAGAAAACAAGGAAUUUUUCAAUAUAAGAAGAAAAAAGAGCUUGGAAUCAGCUUUCCUGGAAAAUCAGGGAUCUUGGAAUUUCCCCAAAAAACGUCUAAACCUCCUCUUUUCGCACACUCUCUCGCGAAAAUUUUCCUAAUCAAGCGGUGAAUGAACUAUAACCACAUGAAGACUGCGCGAAACAAGAAAUGAAAACAUUUUUCUACAAAAAAUUAAUGAAUUCUUCACGUUUUCUCGAAAAAUGAUCUUAUCUCUACGUGAAUAGGGUAUAUAAGCUGAAGGUUUCCCACUUUGGACACUUCAUCUGGUUCUCUCUUCUUCCUCUCUCUCUCUCCCUCUCUCCAACUCUCUGAAAGCUCUUGGAUCUCUCUACCUUUGCGGGUAACUUUGCGGUUUUCGCUUCUACAUAGUCAAUGGACCAUGUAGUAGCGAAAAGCGAGAAAUUUUCAAAAAAUCUCCUCGUAACGACAAAAAUUGGAGCCUUUUUACGCUUUGAGGAAAACUUUCGAUUAAAUUUCAUCAGUUUUGAUAGAUUCCUACCGAGGAAAAAAUAGCAAAAGCAAACUUCGUUGAAAGGAUUCGAACCCUGGCCUUGGUCUCCGCAGCCUAGCACGCAAGCCACUACACUAAGCGGCCAACUGUUAGUCAUUGCGCGUGGGCGAGACACAUUCCUCCUUGCUGCGUUCCACUCUUCUCACGUGCAAACUUUGAGCCGUCAUAACUCGACUACGAGGCAAAAAUCAAGGAAUUUCAUUUUUGAUUUGGAAUCAGCAUGUCUUAAAGUACAUGAAAGUACGCGAAGUUUCUCGAAAUCCUUUGAAAAAUGGCAUUUUUUCGAACUUAAUUGUAUUCAAACUAUUGGAAUCACAAAUGUUGUAUAAUCCUUAAAAUUUUCUAAAUCUUCAAAAAAUAUUGAUUUCCACUAAACAAAACCACGUAAAAGAAUAUGGCAAAAAGUAGGAAUUUUAUCUGAAUUUCUUUGGGAAUUUUUUUCAUUUCUAAAAUUCCUUCUUUAAACUUUCAUGCUGGUAAAUCUUGUACCGACAAUCCCAAUUUGUACAACUUUACAGGUACUCGUUUUGAGCCCCGAAGGUUUCCGACUGGUUCCAGAACUCUACGCGGUUUCCAAAGAAAAUGUGGCGGCUGAAAAAUCGUCACGAGGCUCUCAACUCCGACAACCAGCCGGGGCUACGUGGGUUCAUAAGGAAGAGUAUAGGACAAAAGCGCCGAUUCCAAGAGCGCCGUUCAAAUUUAGCGCCAGUCCGCAAUGCGCCGUCGCGUGUAUGCGCCGUGUAUGCAGACGCCGCUUUCUUUUGCGCCGAGUCCAUUUGCGCCGAAUCGUUUUGCGCCGUUAUUUCAAAAUUUUAUUUAUUCGCUCUUUUUCUAUCAUUGUUUAUUGAUUGUGUAGUACACAUUCAUAUACGACUCGAAUAAUUUUCGCGCCAUCUGUUAAUAUGGACCUUUCUGCCGCAUUUUCGAAAAAACUCGAACUAUUGUUUCAAGAAAAGUUCAACGUUACGAAAAACGAUUUUCUGCUGUUUCACGUCUGCUAGAAUUAAAACUUUGCCUUACCUAACGCAGAAAAUUUGCAAUCACAAAAAAAAAUCACUCAAUAUGUCAUUUAAAGCAAUAAUUUUUUUUAUCCAUUCUCUUUUUCCUUACGUUUUCUGUAUUUUUUUCGAAAGCAGAAAAAGCAUUUUUUUGCUUUUUAUUUUUUUACUUUGAAAAAGAAAAAAAGGAGAAAAAAAUAUUUUUACCUGGACCAAAGUGGACCUAAAACUCAUCAUUAACGGAUGGCGCGAAAAUUAUUCGAGCCGUAUAUGAAUGUGUAGUAAACAAUUAUUAAAAAAAUAAUAUAAAAAAAGAGCGAAUAAAUAAAAGUUUGAAAUAACGGCGCAAAAACGAUUCGGCGCAAACGGACUCGGCGCAAAAGAAAGCGGCGUCUGCAUACACGGCGCAUACACGCGACGGCGCAUUGCGGACUGGCGCUAAAUUUGAACGGCGCUCUUGGAAUCGGCGCUUUUGUCCUAUACUCAUAAGGAACCUUUUUUAUGAUUUAAAAUAGUUUUUGAGUGGUCCGUUUUUGGCUACUUGAAAAUUACUGCCAUAAUAAAGAUUUCCUUCAAACUUCUCAUUAGCGAAACAGGGAAAAUCGCUAUUUCGAAUCAUUUUUCAGACCUUUCCUCUGGGCACAGUCACUCUAUGUCAUCUGCUGCCUACUGUAUGAAGGAUUCCUGAGCCCGGCUGAGUUGGAUCCGUUGAGCCGACGCCUGUCGGUCUAUGAAAAGAGACCUCCGUGCGAAGUUCAAGGUAAAAAUCGUUGAGGGGAUUCGGAAAUAUUGCAACAAAAAACCUUGUGAUUGUUUUUCCUUGAAAAUUUCUAUAGCACUUUUUAUAGUCAGUCCUUCCCGAUUUUAAAGCCGAGGCUGGGCUGAAAGGGGCAAAAAACGGUUUCGAGCUGAUGCUCAUGCUGGCUAGUUGUCUCAGCGGGCGUACCCGUGUUUUUUGGGGCUAUUUGUGUCUCCGUCGGGGUAAAACGGGCAAAAAACGGGUUCGAGCUGAGGCUCAUGUCAAAAAACGGGUGCAAGCCCGUACUCAUGCGGGUCAGAUGUCUUCGCGGGCUUACCCGUAUUUAACCCUAGUUUUUAAAGCUUUUUGAGUCGUUGGGCAAAAACGGGCGAAAAACGGGUGCAAGCUGAUACUCACGCUGGCAAGGCGUCUCACCGGGUUUACCCGUAUUAUACCCGUACGCGUAAACCUUGUUUUUUGAGGCUCUCUGAGACUACUCUUGAUGAGCAGAUGUCUCAGCGGGCGUACCCGUAUUUAACCCUUUUUUUUAAAACUUUUUGAAUUUCAGUUGGGCUAAAACGGGCGAGAAACGGGCUUAGGAAGAGAUAGGAGACUCAGCUUUGUUUUUCGAAAAUCUGAGUCCCAACGGUGCCUCAGCUGUGAUAAAAAAAAACCAAGAGUUCUACCAGCUGGGCUUUACGGAAUCGAUACGGGCACACCCGCUUAGAGCCCGUGUAAGCCCUCAACAACAUGAGAGUAUAAUCAACAAGGACCUUUAAUAAAAUUCACCGCAAAAUUCCUCAAGAAACCGAUAAAACUCACAGAUUUCCUUGGUUGCAGUGGCGAUCCUCGCCGAAUCGGCCUGUGUCCAAAAAGAGCUUCGCCUCAACAAUAUCGUCGUCCAGCGGGUUGACGAAAUCGACCCCGUUUUCCAGAUUCUGCCCGCCUCAGUCCUUUCCCAACUUUUGGCCAAGUGAUUUUCGACCAUUUUCUGAAAAUCAGGGAUUGAAUUUAGGAUCGGAGAGUCCGAAAAAUUGAAAUUAUCGGGCCGACCUUUGGACCGACAAGUCGGAUUGCUCAGCACCAGUAGACUGUAUCAAAUUGGCAGCAAAUUCGUCAUUUUUACGCCUCAGGUAUAGUUAAUGGACUGGCUAUAUAUCCAGCUGGGGAUUCGGGAUUUUCCACUACUAAUAUAAUUUAAACCGUCGCGAUGGGGAUCGAACCUGUGACCCUUUGGACCGUAGACGGGAACACAACGUACUGGGAAAAUUUCUAGUGGCCACUGUAGGGUUUUGACGUUUUAGUGGCCACUGUAGUGGUCAAAAUAGUGGCCACUAUAGAGGUCUAAGUGCUAAUACUAGACCACUAAAAAUUUUAGUGGUCACUUUAGGGGUUAGUGGAUCAACAUAACUGGUCCAACCUGUUUAUUUUAGAAUUAUCAGAGUUACUAGAAGGAAUACUGGAUGAAAAACUACUGAAAUGGCCACUAAAACGGAAAAUAGUGGCCACUAUAGAAGUUGGUAUAGUGGCCACUUAAGUUUCCUCUCCAAGUAGUCCUUGGCGAUAGUGGCCACUAAAAAUUUUCCCAGUACGGCCCCAGAUUCUAGGCUUAAUUUUCACGGACUCUUGCACAAAAUCUGUGGAUUCAGUUCAUGGAAUGCCGUCGAUCGCAUCUGAUGUACGACAUCCGGAUUCUGACGGAUGAAUGGAGCAGCGAAUUACAGUACAUUUACGCGUCCUGGAACAGCGUCAGCAUCAGUGGCCGGCCCCUUGUCGUCCUUGUCGUCACUCAGUCGAUGCUUUCUACGGUUUUUGCUUCCAAAAAAUGACCAAUUUUCCCUCUUAGGAAGGCCUGUCCCACUUCUCCAACAUCCCCCUCAAUCGGCAUAUGAAAUCGACCGUCAUUGGUGCUAUCAAAAAGAUCAGUACCGGAUAUUUGAGUGGGGCCAGGUGAUCUUUUUUUCUUCUCAUUAUAAAAAGCUUCCGGGUGAUGAAAAACUUGUCGGAGAGAAAUUAUCGAUAAAAUGAAGUCUCUACGACCUUUUCAAGCCAUUUUCGAACGUUACUUUUUACUUUUUGAACCUGUCUAGUUGAAAAUUUUACUCCUGAAGGCUGUUUUGGAUUUUCGGAUCUUGCCUGUUUCAAAUUCUAAAUUCGGGUUAAAUUUAUAGUUAUAUGAAUGUUAUUACAUACAAAAAGCUUCCAAAGGGGUGAUAAAAAACCUGUCGGACAAAAAUUCCUGACAAAAUGAAUCAAUGACCUUUUUUUGGGGGCGUUUUUUUCAAGCCAUGGAGGCUUUUAAAAACCGCUUUUUGAACCUAUUCAGAAAUAUCUAGUCUCUUUUAAUCAUUUUAUUUUCCCUUAUCUAAAUUUUUUUCCCCCUUUCUACUUGAAAUUUUGGACCUUGCCUGUUUCAAAUUUCAAAUUUAGGUUAAUAUUAUGUUUAUUUGAAUGUUUUCACAUACAAAACACUUCCAGAGGUGAUGAAAAAGUUCGGACAAAGAUUUUUGACAAAAAUAAAUGGUUACGACUUUUUAAAGGCAUUUUUCAAGCUUUAGAGGUUCCUAAAAUCCGCAUUUUACGUUUUGAACCCACAUAUCAAGUUUUCUCCGAAACCCCUUUAUUUUCAUUUUCAAUUUGAAUCAAAAUUCUAGUUUUAUGAGUUUUUUUUUUUUUCACGUACAACAAGCUUCCAGAGUGGUGAUGAAGAACUUUUCGACAAAAAUUAUGGACAAAAUUAAAUAUCUAUGACUUUUAUUGGGAACUUUUGAACGUGAGGAGCCUUAGUUAUUUUUUCCGUGGUUUGAAAGCUAUAUUUCAAUUUUAAUUUUCGGAUCUUUACAGCUUCAAAUUGAACAUUCAAGUUAUAGUCUGUGUGCCAUGACUUGAAAUUUCACAGAACGACAUUCCGCUGUUCCGCUGCGUGCGUUCGCGAAGCGUCUUUCGAAUCUAGGUCACGCUUUCAAUUGAUUGUUAUUGCUGUGUGAGCACAUGAAAGUAGAGCCUUAAGAAAAGAAAAAAAUGAUUAAAAGCGCGACCAAGGUUCGCAAAGGCGCGCAGCGGCACAGCGGAAGUCGUUCCGUGAAAUUACAAGUCGUGGUACACAUUAUGGUUAUAUGAAUGUUUUAUAUACAAAAAGCUUCCAGAGUGGUGAUGAAGAACUUGUCGGACUUUUUCCGCACGACGGCCGUCAGCAAAAUGGAAUUUCGCGGCGGGGGCGUCGAGGAGAUCCUCGGGGCGGUUAGCGAGGAAAAAGUCACGUUCAAUCUUCACACUGGGGAUAAUAAGGACAGUAGAGGUUGGGCGAAGAAGUGACAACUAAGGAGGAUGACGAUUUUAGUCGGGAUCUCCGUGGCAUCGCCUCGGGUUACUCUGAAACGAGGCGAUUCCGUGAAGGAUCGAAGCGCCUACUCGAUGAUCCACAAGGCGUCGAUGCGACAUCGCUCCAUCGCUUUGGAUAGCAAUGACAGCGGUGAGUUUGAGACUUUGAGAUUUUCCUGCGAGAGACUCACAAAAAUGGCUAUUUGAAUGAAAAAAUGUAAAAAGAGAAGAUCGAGUUUUAUCAAAUAAAGUGCCGCUUUCCGCGUGUCUGCGUCUCUCUGUUCCCUCACCGGGGAGGUCCGAGAAACGUGAAAAUAGCACGUAAACAUGAGAGUGACGUAGAGAGAUAAGGAGGGCGCAGAGAAGUCGCGAAAAUCCAAAUCAUAGAAAAUCCAUAAGGUCACUAGAGGGACCACUUAAGCUUGAGGGGUCUGACCCCUCUAAGGACCACUUAAUUCCUACCCCUACAGGGACCACUUUUUUGUGUUCUAUACUGGCUGUCCUCUAACCCCUAUAGGGACCACUCUCCCGCGAGAAGUCCCGCUCUUUCUAACACGGACUAUACGUCUUUUCAAUUUCCAAAUCAUAAAAAAUUGCAUAAGGUCACUAGAGGGACCACUUAAGCUUCACGGGUCAGACCUUAAACCCCUGAAUUCUACCCCUACAGGGACCACUUUUAUUUUCUAUACUGGCUGUCCUCUUACCCCUAUAGGGACCCCUCUGGCGAACCUAAGUGAUCGCAAUUUGAUGCUAUUACUACCUCCUGGAACCCUCUAAUUUUUAUUUUUGUCAAAUUUUGUCAAACCUAGAGUUGAAUCUUAUGGAAAACUAGAAAACCCGAGGUUCCAGACCUGGUCCAGCUCCGACUGGCCUACAAGAACCGAGGAAGAGAGUUGGAAUCGCCGCUGGCGACGGUUUCCAACAGAACCACUCCGCCAAGACAACUGGGUCUGGUGCGGGAAGAGCCCAGCCAAUUGAGGACCCUUCUGAACACGGUCCGGAAGGAAUCGUCCAGCGAGUCCGUUUCCGUUGUUCCUGUAUUCUCCGCGAAGGUAUUAUUGAAAAAAAAGAGAACAGGGAAGCAAGAAGGAGUAGAGAAACAGGUAAAUGAGAAAGAGAGAGUAGAAAAACAGGUCAAUCAAGAGGGAGGUUAAAGAAAUAAAAAAAACGCCAGCCCUCUUGUUUUUGAGCACUGUCUAGCUCUAGAAACUUUCUCUUUAAUAGGUUAUUUCUACCGUUAUCGAUUGGAAUACUGGUGAAAAAACUAGUUUAUUUCGUAAACUUCUCAUGUCAAAAAAAAAUUCAGCUUACAGUAUUUUUAUAAUAAUAACAGCUCAAAAGCAAAAAAAUAAAAUAUUUGACAAAAAUAUGUUUUUUUCAACGACUAGCAUCUUUUUACAGAUGAACGAGAUGAAAGCCGAUGAUUUGAUCGAUCUCCUACUUGACACGACCGUCUUGGAGGAACAAACUUCGAUUAUUCACUGCUUGUGGAUGAACUUGUGGGUUUUUUUUUGUUGUCUCAAAAAACUUCUUUGAGUAUAUUUCAGUGGUCCCAACUACGAUACCCAACUUGCGGAGCAAAGCGUCACAGUUCGGAUGCUCAUGGAGGAGGUUUAUGCAAAGGUAAGCUAGAAAAAAAAAGAAAAUUGAAAAGGUAAGAAGAAUAAAAGAAGCAGCUUUUCCCAUUUCUUUUCACGUCAAGUUCUCCGUACCGAAAUGUCGUUUUUUACGCUCCGUAUACAGUACUGGCCAUAAAAGGUAUUUCAAAGUGGUUAUUCGAGCAUAACUUCUCUGAAAAUGGCUCAAAUGACUUGAAACUUUGCAAAAAAAUUUCAAAUAGCUACGCAGUAACUCUUUCACAAAAAGAAAAAAACUCAUUUGCUCAACUCAGACCGGAUUUGGGAGCAAAAACCAAAAAAAUCGUGAAAAAUCAAGAUUUUUUUCUCUUGAGAUUCGAAAAAAAUCAUAUCUUCAAAGAAACUUCGUUUUCGAACCAGAAACUUUUUCCCCAGUAAAAACAAAUCUUUGGCUUUCCAAAAACCUUAUCAGCCCCUCACCAACCCGAUAGUAAGAGCGUAGUGACUUUUUCUUCGGAAGGUCCUUGCGUUUUGAAGCCUCGUCAUUCGAAUGGACUAUACGAGGUCAUUUUUGUUUGAGAACACCCUGUGUCAUGUUGAAAAACUUUGAAACACCCUCAAAAAAUAGUUGUACACUGAUUUCUUCAGCUUUCUCACUUUAUCUGCUCUCCAGAACUCACUAACUUCACUAGGACCGAUUUUGAAACCUCUGAUUUGAAGCGGUUAUGCUCCUUUUUCAAAAUCAGAACAUUCUCGAUUUCUCAUUUCAGAUUUCAGAGCUUCUUCAGAACCUUUAUGAAUGAAAAUGAAAAAAGACUCACUGUGUUUCGUUUACUUAUUCAAAAGAUAUAGUGAUUCAUAAUGAGUUUCUUAAAGUUCCAAAACUUCGGUUCAGCAAGUGUUGCUUAGAGGGCUCCAAAUCUUGUAGAAGAUGAUAAAAAAACCCUUUUUUUCAUAUUUUUUUAAAUGUUUUUAGAUCAUGAGAUAAAUUUGUAACUCCUCUUUGUAGCUCUCAAAUCAAAAGAUAGGCACUGUAAAAAGUUUCUUUAAAUUUUAUGUGAAAAAUAAGUUUUUUUGAUCUUGUGAAACUAAUGCUUUAGCAAAAAAAUUAGCGGUCUUCAGGAACUAAGAGGCUGCAAUUUAGCCAAUAUUUAUUUUUUUAAAUUCACGAAUGAAAAAGCGAUUGAUCAGAUAAAAAAACUACUUUGAACGCCCGAAAGUCCAGAAAAACUGUUCAAAUCAGAGGUUUCAAAAUCGGUCCUAGUGAAGUUAGUGAGUUCUGGAGAGCAGAUAAAGUGAGAAAGCUGAAGAAAUCAGUGUACAACUAUUUUUGAGGGUGUUUCAAAGUUUUUCAACAUGACACAGGGUGUUCUCAAACAAAAAUGACCUCGUAUAGUCCAUUCGAAUGACGAGGCUUCAAAACGCAAGGACCUUCCGAAGAAAAAGUCACUACGCUCUUACUAUCGGGUUGGUGAGGGGCUGAUAAGGUUUUUUGGAAAGCCAAAGAUUUGUUUUACUGAGGAAAAAAGUUUCUGGUUCGAAAACGAAGUUUCUUUGAAGAUAUGAUUUUUCGAAUCUCAAGAGAAAAAUCUUGAUUUUCACGAUUUUUGGUUUUUUGCUCCCAAAUCCGGUCUGAGUUGAGCAAAUGAGUUUUUCUUUUGUGAAAGAGUUACUGCGUAGCUAUUUGAAAUUUUUGCAAAGUUUCAAGUCAUUUGAGCCACUUUCAGAGAAGUUAUGCUCGAAUAACCACUUUGAAAUACCUUUAUGGCCAGUACUGUAACUGCUAUUUGAUCAUCUACAGCUCUUCCUGGGCUAAAAUCUCGAUUAGCAGGGCUUUAUAUCAUCCUUUACGUUUCGUUAUCUCGUCUAGUUGAUCAUCUACAGCCCUUCUUGGAAGAAAAUCGCCGGAAAAGGUCGUAUCACUGAUAUUUGGCUAUUUUUUUUUAGGAAAACUUUUCUUAGCAAUGCUUAAUAUCACCUUUUACGCUCCGUAUCACUUCAACUUGAUCAUCUACAGCCUUUCUUGGAAGAAAAUCGCCGAAAAUAGUGAUUUCCUUGAAAAGUUGGUCACCGAGUUUUUUGAGCUUCAUAUUUCCGAGCUGAAGGUUUGAUGAGUAGGCUUAUUCUGUUCUCGCAGACCUUAAUAUCGUCUUUCACGAUCCCAAUCAUUUUCAUUUGAUCAUCUACAGUCCUCCUUGGGAUAAAAUCUAUCCUAGAACCUUCCACAUUUUUUAUUACUCCUAGUUGAUCAUCUACAGUUAUUCUCGGGGGAAAAUAGCUCUUAACAGUUCUUCACGUCGUUUUUCGCCUUUCUUAUCACUUUUAGUUGAUCAUCUACACUCCUCUUGGAAGAAAGAUUCUCUUAGCAAUUGCUACCACUUUCAGUUAAUCAUCUACAGUUCCUCUCGGAAGAAAAUCUCUCAUAGCGGUUGAUAUCAUUUCCAUUUGAACAUCUACAGUCAUUCUUGGAAGAAAAUCUUUCUUAAAAGUUGAUAUCAUUUUCAUUUGAUCAUCUACAGUCAUUCUUGGAAGAAAAUCUUUCUUAAAAGUUGAUAUCAUUUCCAUUUGAUCAUCUACAGUUUUCUUGGAAAAAAUGUCAUUUAGCAGUUGCUAUCACUUAUUUGAUCAUCUACAGUCUUGGUAGAAGAUCCCUCUUAGCAGUGCUUAACAUCGCUCUCACUUCCAUUUGAUCAUCUACAGUCAUUCCUGGGUGUAAACUGCAAAAAAUGGCCCUUCCUAGGCUUGCGAAUGUCGCGAAUGGGCGCUGGUCCGUCUGACGUCGGGCCUUCUCGAAAAGCAACUUGAGGAACUCGGGAAAGCCGUCACGCAUUUGCUCGUUCGCCAGAAGCAAAUCACGGUUUCUCGCUUGGAGAAAAUAAUCUUCAAGAAGUUGUUCUAGAUGGGAUUACCGUCGAAGAAGGAGGAAGUGAUAACGUGUCCCAAGACGAACGAAGAGCUGGAGGAGAUUAUGAGGAGAGUCUAUGGAAAUGACCCCAAUGCGUUCACCUUGAGCCAGGUAACAAGAUUUGAAAAGAAAAUAGGGGGAAAAUUGGCUUUUUUCUACUAAUGUCUAACCUGUCUGCGCCCUCUUUUCUCUCGCCGAAAAAGUCCUUAAGGCGCAAAAAAGAGUGAAUGAAAGUUGAGGGAAAAGAGAGCGCAGAGAAAUCAGAGAAGUCAAAGAAAAAGUCCAAAAUAAAAAUCGAGUAAAAAGGUAGAAUUCAAGGCAUUUUCUCAAUGGAGCGCGUUUGGAUAUGAAAAAUUAGCUUUUGAAAAAAGAAAUUUCCAACUUUUAUAGAAAAUUGAAGCAAUAGCCGUUGGCUUCUUGGAAAAUUAAAGAAAGCUCAGAAACUCUAGAGUGGUCCCUAUAGGGGUUAGGGACAAAAAGCUGUUCUAGGGACAAAAAAGAGCGUUACCUAAGGGGUAUCGUCUCCAUGGCGUUCAGGGUCUGACCCCUAAGUCGCUUAAGUGGCCCCCUAGUGGUUUUCGAAAUUUUUUUCUGAUUUAUAGUGAAAUUUGAUCGAUGAGGGGCUGCAAGCUACAGCGGUCUGUAUAGGCGAAGGUGAAGUGGUCCCUAGAGGGGAAUCUUCCAAGGGCCCGAAGAAUUUUCCAAAAAAAUAAAGUUUUUUUCAGUUCAAAUGAGAGAUAGCAAUGAAAAUAAAUGGAAAAAAAAUAUUUCAAUAUUACUUGAAACGGGGGUCUGAGAAAAAUUUCGAAUAACUGGCUUUUUUUUCAAAUCUAAAAAGUAUUGAUCGUUCAGAAAUAGAAAAGGACAUUAUAUGAAUAUGGAUAUGUUUUUCUUAAAUUGUUUUUGUAGCGGGAGUCAUGUUUAGGAGAUCGUCAUCUCCUUGGGCUCCUUGGUUCGAACAGAACCGAAGCUUUUCGUCGAGAUGUUCCGGCUACGAAUUGGGCUCAUUAUUCAGGUUUUUUUCUGGGUUCUCCAAGAACUCAGCCCAGGCUUUGAGCAGUUCAUCCUAAUGAUUCUUCAGGUCCUCGCCUCGGAGCUGGCCCGACUUCGGAACCUUUCCGGCGCCGACGCAGCCGACAAACUGUUAACAAUCAGUCCCUUCGAACUCAAGUCCAUGCUCUUCUCGCUGCUCAGCGGUCGGUUGCUGGAGGAAUACAGUGACGACGGACACGUCGAUGCGGCCAAAGACACUCGGACCGGCAUCGGAUCCUUCAGACGACAGAUCGAAGAGAGAAAAGUUGGAUUGAACUUCUUGAAGUUUCAAAAUCGACUCCUUUAGUCUCUCCGGAAGUCGACCCGGAGUAUGGCCGGGAACGUCGGCCUGACUCGGGAUCAGGAGGAAGAAGAGGAAUCUGAAGUCGAGGAGGACGACUUCCAGUUCGGCAUCUGGCUGAGGCAUCGUCGGAUCGACGGCGCCUUGAAUCGAGUCCCCAACAAUUUCUAUGCGGUUUGUCUUUUUUCCUUGACCUAAAUCUUCCUUGUAAGUGGUCACUUGAGAGGAGAGGGGUUCAAAUUAAGCUUCAGUUGAAGUGGCCUCUCAAGGGAGUUUCUUAGCUUCCAAGAGGUCACUUGAGGCGAAACUGUCGAUAAGUUGAUGUGCCAUGAAUUCAAAGUGGUCCCUCAAGAAAUUUUCUGAGCGUGUAAGUGGUCACUCGAGGGAUUUUUUUUGAACGUCGUGGCCACUUGAGAGUAGAUGCCAUCCGGUCAAGCAUUUAGUGAAGGUAUCAAGUUAUCAAGCUUCGAAGUGUCCAAGUGGUCCCUCAAAGGAUUUUCUGAGCGUCCAAAUGGUCACUCAAGGGAGUUUCUGAGCGUCCAAGUUGUCACUCAAGGGAUUUUCUAAGCGUCAAAGUGGUCACUUGAGAGGAAAUGUCAUCCAGUCAAGCAUUUAGUCAAGGUAUCAAGUUAUCAAGCUUCGAAGUGUCCAAGUGGUCCCUCAAAGGAUUUUCUGAGCGUCCAAAUGGUCACUCAAGGGAGUUUCUGAGCGUCCAAGUUGUCACUCAAGGGAUUUUCUAAGCGUCAAAGUGGUCACUUGAGAGGAAAUGUCAUCCAGUCAAGCAUUUAGUCAAGGUAUCAAGUUAUCAAGCUUCGAAGUGUCCAAGUGGUCUCUCAAUGGAUUUUUUGAGCGUCCAAGUGGCCAUUUAAGAGAGUUCCUGAGCGUCCAAGUGUUCACUCAAGGGAUUUUCUGAGCGUCCGAUUUAUGAGUGACUUGAGAAGGAACUGGCAAAAAAAUCUUCCGCAUACCAUUCUUUCAAAAAUUUUCAAAAAUUCAAUUUUUGGCCUAUAUCAACAUGAGCUUAACAGUUCUUAAGUGAUUACUUGAGGGAUCGGACAAGCGUCUCUCAAUGAGAAUUCCUUUAGGAGGUGGUUCAAAAAUUCGGAACCUGAACCAUCUCUAGAGUGACCACUUGAAGUUUAUCAAAAAUGCCUCUUUUCUCAUCAUUUUGAGAUCAAUUCUCAUGGCAUUUUGCUCGAAAUCGGCUCAAAAUCAAGCUCCAAAACUCAAAGAAGAGUCAUUUCAGUCGCUCUGGGAUACGGUACACAAAAUGCCGCAUGGCCUCCGAAUCAAUGAUACGAUUUUGCAUUGGGGUCUGACCCAGGAGAUGACCAGGAAGGAGAUCAAGUUCGCCUUGGAGGUUGAGGAAGCCUUGAAUCAGAUCUCCGAGCCGGAAUAUCGUGAAUUGGUGGGAUUUUUCGAAAAAAUCCUUGAAAGAUGAUCGGAUUCAGGUGGUGGAAGCCCUGUGGCUCCUGGGACGGCUCGAGAAGAUCAUGCUGAUGGACGAGCCGAAAAUCCCGAGGGACCGACCUCUGAACGUCGACGCCAUACUCCAGUCGGCUAAUACGAUCUUCGUCGAGCAUAAUGUUGGUUUGGGAAAUAUUCUGGCGAACUUUCACAAAAUUAUCAAAAUUCUUUCUUCGUUAGGAGCAUAAUUUCAAAAAUCUACAGUUUUCAGGUGUCCAGCUUAAGUUAGGGCGUCCUGGGCCGACCCGAACCGCAAAGAAGUGAAAAAAAAAACUUUUUUGACAGCGUGCUCGGCCUGGGAUGCGUUUCGGUAGCUCCAGGUCUCAUUCAUGUUGGCUACCUACGAGAUUUAACCCGUUUACCGCCCGCCGAUCGCCCGAGACGGGAUUUUAGACCGGACAUAGGCCCAUUCCAACGUAUCAGUGACAACCCUAGAACACCCGUUUUGCGAAAUUAUGACUUCUUAGCCCAAAAGCUACUGGGUAGAAGUGAAAUAGAGUAAAAGUCCAGCAAAAAAUCCAGUUUUCUCCAUUUUUUCUCUCCAUCAAACCCAUUUCUAUGUCAGUAUUGUUGAAAACCUAACUUCGCCUAUUAUGCGCCUAUUUUUUAGAGUAGGAUAACACCGAGAAAAAAAAUCUACAAAAAUCUUCAUAUACUGCUUUUGCAAUUCAUAGAUUAAAUUCGCUAACAUGAGCAAUAUUGCUUAAAAUCAGGAACUUAUUUUUUAAAAAGAAAAAUCAUUUACGUCUUGUGUCCAAACUUGAAGUGAUGAGGUCCAAAAAUCAGGUAAUCCAUUUUGAAACAAAUUACCGUGAUUUUCAAAUUACUGUAGCUCGAAAUUCGGUGUGCCUAUUUCGAGUCAUAUGAUUAUUAUAUUGAAAAAAGUUUGAGCGAAUUUUAUCAAUUUAAAAUACCUAACCUGUAUAAAAUUCCCACAAAGAGGAAUUGGGCUUCAGAAGCAACUGGGCACGGUGGUCCUGGACUGCUGUGGCGGUGGGAAGAAGUGCGAUGGGGCGCGAGGCAUCUGCAAGCAUCUCUACGAUUCGGCGCCCGCGGGCGAGUACGGCACCAGCCACUACAUCAUCCGCGCCAUGAUGCUCGCUUUCACCUGA